AAAAUGGCGGUCCGCAUCGAGGGCGCUCCAUGCAAAAUGGAGGUGGACUCGGGUUCCUCCAUUUCGAUUAUAUCGGAGGAGACCCUGAGAGACCUGUGCCCCGGGAGGUGGUUUCAGACAAGACCAGCGGACUUUGUUCUAAGAGACUUCCAGAAGAACCCGGUCCAGACCGCGGGGUGGGCCCGGGUGAAUGUCGAGCGGGGGUCCUUCAAGGGGUGGUUGGACAUUUUGGUGGUCAAGCGCCAGCUCACCACCCUGUUGGGGCUGGCGUGGUUUAAACCCCUGGGAAUACGGUUGGAGGGGGUGGGGCAAAUCCUAUCCACCAGCGGGGUCGGGGAUGUAUGCCGAGAGUUCCCCGAUGUGUUCGAUGGGUCCCUGGGCCGUUACAAGGGGCCGGCCAUCUCCUUACCGCUGGACCCCACAGUCCGACCCAUCAGGCUCAAGGCCAGGCGGGUGCCGUUCGCGCUCAAGCCUAAGAUUGAGGCGGAACUGGACCGAUUAACGGCCCAGGGGGUACUGGAGCCAGUAGAGUACGCCACGUGGGAGACCCCAAUAGUCACACCGGUCAAGCCCAACGGAGAGGUGCGCAUAUGCGCCGACUAUAAAUGCACCAUAAACAGGGCACUUCAAGACAAUCUGUACCCAGUCCUGGUAGUAAGCCACGUCCUGGCGGCCCUAGCCGGGUCUAAAAUCUUUGGGAAGCUGGACCUGGCGCAGGCCUACCAACAGCUCCCGGUAGACGAAAAAACAGCAGAGGCCCAAACUAUAGUUACGCACAGGGGGGCUUUCAGGGUGCGGAGGCUACAGUUCGGGGUGAGCGUGGCUCCGGGGAUUUUCCAAAGCAUAAUGGACGCUCUCCUUAAAGGAAUCCCCGGAGUCCAACCGUUUUUUGACGAUGUUCUAAUCGCCGCCCCGGACCCAGAGGAAUUCAACAACCGCCUCCGAGAAGUACUCCGUCGGUUCCAGUCAGCGGGGCUCAAGGUCAAGAGGGAAAAGUGCUUACUGGGCGUCCCGCGAGUGGAGUUCCUGGGGUUCGCUGUAGACGCAGCAGGGAUCCACCCAACGGAGGAGAAAACACGAGCCAUUGUGCAGGCCCCAGCCCCAAAAUGCAAGGCCGAACUCCAAAGCUUCUUGGGCCUAUUAAAUUUUUAUACCACACGUUCCUCCCACACAAGGCUGCCCUGGCGGAACCCUUACACAGGCUACCGGGACGGUCUGGCCCUCCACCACUUUGACGAGAACCUCCCGGUCAUACUGGCUUGCGACGCAUCGCCAUACGGGGUGGGCGCCGUCCUUGGGCACCAACUCCCGGACGGGAGGGAGGUGCCAGUAGCAUAUUACUCUCGCACCCUCACGCAGGCGGAACGGAAUUACGCGCAGAUCGAUAAGGAGGCGCUGGCCAUAGUAGCGGGGGUCCACAAGUUCAAUGAUUAUCUUUAUGGGCGCAGGUUUACGAUCGCCACUGACCACAAACCGCUCUUGGGUCUUCUGGCGCCGGACCGCCAAACCCCCCAAAUCCUGUCCCAGAGGGUACUGAGGUGGAACCAGUUCCUGAACUCCUACAUGUACACGCUGGUCCACCGGGCGGGCAAAUCCAUGGGCCACGCAGACGCCCUCAGUAGGUUGCCGCUGCCCGAGGAGGGGGCAGACCCAGCCCCCGCGCACCACAUCAUGCUAGUGGAAAGCCUCCCGGAACAACCCCUACACGCGGCAGAGGUCGCCAAGGCCACUCAGAAGCACAAGAUACUGUCACGGGUGCUCGACUGGGUGGUGAGGGGGUGGCCGGAGGGGAACAUGGGGGAAGAAUUCAAACCCUACAAGACCAGGAGGGAGGAACUGACGGCCCACAAAGGGUGUCUCUUAUGGGGAAGCAGGGUGGUGGUGCCACCCCAGUUACAAAAGCGGGUACUAGAGUCCCUACAUGAGACCCACCCCGGCAUAGUUCGCAUGAAGGCCCUGGCCAGAAGCUACGUAUGGUGGCCGGGGAUGGACGGGGAAAUCGAGAGCUGGGUGCGGGGGUGCCAGGCCUGCCAAGAGUCGAGGCCUGAUCCGCCUAGAGCGCCCGCCACACGUUGGGAACCCUCCAGGAAGCCGUGGUCGAGGCUUCACCUCGAUUUCGCCGGGCCCUUUCAGGGGCAAAUCUUCCUGAUCCUCGUGGAUGCCUACACCAAUUUCCCGUAG